AAUCAGAGUAAACUAUGGACGAGCGACCUUAAAGAGGUGCUCAGGAUCCCAUAGCAGGUAGGUGGUAGAAUGAUGAUUCAGGCUGGGUUUUUGAGGCCCAGGCUGUGUUCUUCAUAAUCACAGCAUACUUGCUUUUUCAUGCCCUAGAGCUUUCAGCUACAGUUUAGUUGAAGUUUUGAGUGCAGGAAACCUUUAUUAAUGAUUUUUUUUUUCCCCGAAGUUGUGCAGGAGGAACUUUCACUAAAAAUUUCAGACUGAUUUGACCCCAAUGAAUCCCCGCCAUAUUCAACCUCCAGUAUUUUCGAAUAGAAAACGGUUAGCCAGCAUAAAAUAUACCUGCAGCUUCUUAUACCAAACCCAGCCCUAGUGCCCUACUGCCCAGAGAAUGCGAGCUAAUUUUAAUUGUUUCAGAAGAAAAGUCAUUAGAAAAUGUCAUUAGCAAAAACUGAAAUGGUGUUAAGAAAGGAUCCAAGCAUUGCAAUGCAAGUUGAUAGUUCUCACUCUGUAUUGUCCACAUCAAGAACUGUUUGAUUAGGCAUGCUUUCCUCUCCUUUUUUCUUCCGUUAAGAUUCAGAACUCAUUAUGUGCUCAGUGGCAGCAGUCGGUUUUAAAUGCUGUAUUCUGUCUCACUUCGCAAUUACCAACAUCUAUGCACACUCUCUCUUUUUCUUUCAGUUUGGGUUAGGUGAUGUACCCUUAAUUUAAAGCAUAUUGUAUCAUAAACCCCCAGAAAUGCUUGUUUUGAGACAAGGGAGACUGUGAAUAAAUAAACAUUCAUGUUGAUUCUUCUUCGGUAGAAUAUGAAGCAGAGAGAGUUAAGUAAUAUAAAAAGGCUAUUCAGGAUUUCUAUUUAAAUUACUAGCCAACAAUUGUAGAAGACAUUUUCAGUUGCAUACUAGUCAUUUACCUCUUUUCUGUUUUGUUAACAGAAUCCUGAUUUUGUUGGGGGCCACUUACUGUCCUAGAUGUCUAAUUGGUUGAAGCCAGAUUUAUGGUAACUUUAGACUUCUUUGACAGUGAUUGGUCUGCUAUUGGGCAAGUGACCCAAGGGACUUCUGGGAAAGAUCUUGUUUCAUCUAAAUAGAGAGCCACAGGAAGGAGGACUCCUUUCUCAUCCUGCAUUGCUUACUGCUCUGGAGGCUGUAGCAGGAGAAUGUGAUGCAUUAGCCAUUCUCUGACAAUGAGGUGAUAAGCCUAAGAAUGAAAAGCCAAAAUGCUAAAGAUGGCCAAGCAGAAGGACGGAGAGAACUUACAUCCUUGAGGAAAUCAUUGAGCUGCCAAGCCUGACACAUCCUCCUUCCAGACUGCUUGCUUGUAAAGAAAACGUGCACAGAAUCAGAUGCUUCAGAACCUCAGAAUUCCAGGUCUAUGGAAAUGCAGGACCUAGCAAGUCCUCAUCCUCUUGUCGGAAGUGGUGAUACUCCUGGUAGCUCCAAACUGGAGAAGGCUAAUCUCAGCAGCACAUCGGUCACCACAAAUGGGACAGGAGGGGACAACAUGACUGUUUUAAACACUGCAGACUGGUUGCUGAGUUGCAACACCCCCUCUUCUGCAACAAUGUCUCUCCUUGCAGUCAAAACAGAGCCUUUGAACAGCAGUGAAGCGGCCACCACCUCUGGAGAUGGAGCCCUUGACACUUUUACUGGGUCAGUAAUAACUAGUAGUGGCUACAGCCCCAGAUCAGCGCAUCAAUACUCCCCACAGCUAUAUCCUUCCAAGCCCUAUCCACACAUUCUUUCUACACCAGCAGCUCAAACAAUGACUGCCUAUGCAGGCCAGACUCAGUAUUCGGGGAUGCAGCAGCCAGCCGUCUACACAGCCUACUCACAGACAGGACAGCCCUACAGCCUGCCCACUUACGAUCUGGGCGUGAUGUUGCCAGGGAUCAAGACAGAGAGUGGACUUUCACAGACCCAGUCCCCGUUACAGAGUGGGUGCCUCAGUUACAGUCCGGGGUUUUCUACCCCCCAGCCAGGCCAGACGCCUUAUUCUUACCAGAUGCCAGGUUCUAGUUUUGCCCCAUCAUCGACUAUUUAUGCAAAUAACUCAGUUUCCAAUUCAACGAACUUUAGUGGUUCACAACAGGAUUAUCCAUCCUACACAGCCUUUGGCCAAAACCAGUAUGCACAGUAUUACUCAGCAUCAACAUAUGGAGCAUAUAUGACAUCAAAUAACACAGCUGAUGGCACAUCAUCUUCGACCUCAACCUAUCAGUUGCAGGAAUCUCUUCCGGGACUGACUAGCCAACCAGGUACAGAUCUUCAUCCAGGAGAGUUUGAUACUGUGCAGAGCCCCUCCACACCUAUCAAAGACCUCGAUGAGAGAACUUGCAGGAGUUCUGGGUCAAAGUCCCGAGGAAGAGGCCGGAAAAAUAAUCCCUCCCCACCUCCUGACAGUGACCUAGAGCGUGUAUUUGUCUGGGACUUGGACGAAACCAUCAUCGUUUUCCACUCACUGCUCACAGGGUCUUAUGCUCAGAAGUAUGGCAAGGAUCCCCCCAUGGCUGUAACUCUUGGACUCCGAAUGGAGGAAAUGAUUUUUAAUCUCGCUGAUACACAUUUAUUUUUUAAUGAUUUAGAGGAGUGUGAUCAAGUUCACAUAGAUGAUGUUUCCUCUGAUGAUAAUGGGCAAGACUUAAGUACCUACAGUUUUGCAACUGAUGGCUUCCAUGCAGCUGCAAGUAGUGCAAACCUUUGUUUGCCAACAGGUGUAAGAGGAGGGGUUGACUGGAUGAGGAAGUUGGCUUUUCGUUACAGAAGAGUAAAAGAAUUAUACAACACCUACAAGAACAAUGUUGGAGGACUCCUUGGCCCUGCCAAGAGAGACGCAUGGUUGCAGUUGAGGGCAGAGAUUGAAGGUCUGACAGACUCCUGGCUAACAAAUGCACUUAAAUCAUUAUCGAUUAUUAGUACUAGGAGUAACUGCGUAAAUGUCUUGGUAACGACAACCCAACUGAUCCCAGCUCUCGCGAAGGUUCUACUCUAUAGUUUAGGAGGUGCUUUCCCCAUUGAGAAUAUUUACAGUGCAACUAAAAUAGGGAAAGAAAGUUGCUUUGAACGAAUAAUGCAAAGGUUUGGCAGAAAAGUAGUAUAUGUUGUAAUUGGGGAUGGUGUAGAAGAAGAACAGGCAGCAAAAAAGCACAACAUGCCCUUUUGGAGGAUUUCAAGUCACUCAGACCUCUUGGCUCUACAUCAAGCACUGGAAUUAGAGUAUUUGUAACUGUGUUCUCUAGCUGGAGAUCCAUUUUUUUUUAUAUAUAUAUAUUUCAAGUACACUGAAUUUUUAUGUGUGAUUCAAUGCCUCUGGCUUUUACACAUAUAAAUUGUCUUAAAGGAUGAAAUCAUAUUUGGAAUGACAGUUCCAGAAUGAAGAAUUCAGAUUGCUGAAUGGAAGUUAAACUUUAGUGCUACAGAAAGGAAGCUCUAUGGUCUUAUAUUUACAACACUUUAAUGUUU